AACGGUGUAUGGAAGGUCCUUGACAAAAACCUACGGGCCACAAUAUUAUUUAAAUUUAAACAAAAAAAAAAAACCAUUAUCAUCGUCGUUUAUGAAUUAGUGAUAACGGUUCUUCAUUCUCUCAUUAGUCAUUACCGCAUAGUCGAUGUUCGUACUGCACUACUGCUCGUCGCUCUUAGUAGGUUCGCGCCGCUGUAGGUAGUCGGUGCUUUGCGCUGUGUUUUUUUUUCCCUUCCUGCCGACGCGAAUGCCGACGAUUAAUAACCCGAAUGAUGUAGGCGUACUCGGAAAACGUCUUCCAUGCGCUUUGAAUCUUAUUGUCUCGGCAACUCGUUUUGUGUCAGCCCGUGUCUGUGCACUCGUGAUGUGAACGAAAAAUACGGAUCCCUCGAAAUACCUAGGUAGCUGUGGCAUGGAGUCGUGUGUUCGUCGGAGACUAUGACCGUUUCGCAUAGGUAGUAUAACUGUUUGAUACCAUCAUGUUGAUUGCAUACUUGUUGUUCGUAUCAACUCUGUUGUACGAAUCCGCGAUUUGCAACGCCAAGAAAGACUGUUACAAGAAAUGCAAAUGUCUCGGCUCGUAUGUCGAUUGUAGCAAAAAAAUGAUGAACACAUUUCCAGAAGCGUUACCCCCGUGGAUAGAAACUUUGGAUUUGAGCUUAAAUAAAAUUGAUGGAACUAUGACAAUCGAUACUAAUAGUUACUUACUUCUAACAACAUUGAAACUUACUAAAAACUCAAUCUCAUCUUUUCCAAUAUUUGUGAACAAAUCAAAUAUCAAUAAUUUAAAUUUAGCACAUAAUAAAAUAGAAAAAUUGGAGGCUUUAGAGAAUUUACCUAGCUUAAAAAAUUUAGACAUGAAUAAAAAUAAAUUGGUAUUUUUGGAUGAUAAUUCUUUUCCGCAGUCUCCACAUUUAAAAAUACUAAAUCUAAACAAUAAUUUAAUCACCAACUUAAGUGCAAAUUGCUUGGACUCAUUGACAAAUUUAGUAGAAUUGAAAAUAUCUCAUAAUAAGCUCAACAAUCUACCUGGAGGAUUAUUCAAAAAACUUAAAAACCUUGAAUUACUCGAUUUAAGUAGAAAUCACAUAACUGUCAUUCAUGGUUUAUUAUUUAUGGACUUAGUGAAUUUGAAAACAAUGAUACUUCGACAAAAUCAAAUUGAAGAUUUACAAGAUGGAUCAUUUUUUGGUUUGAUAAAUUUACAAUCAUUACAUUUAGAAGAAAAUAAUUUGAGCAAAAUAUCCAAAGGCUGGUUAUAUGGACUGAAUUCACUUGUCUAUUUAAAUAUAAGUUAUAACAGAAUAGAUCAAAUCAAAAGUGGAUGGGAAUAUUGUGCAGAGCUUGAAGAAUUGGAUUUAUCCUACAAUAAACUACAGUACAUUGAAAAAAGUAAUCUAGAAAAUUUAAGAAAAUUACAAAAAUUACAUUUAAAUAACAAUAGAUUAUCAUUCAUUGAAGAGGGAUCAUUCAAUAAUACACCUAUGAUACGAUUACUUCAAAUGGAUCACAACUAUUUGUCAUGGCUUAUUGAAGAUGCAAAAGAAACUUUUAUUGGUCUAAGAAAUUUGAAAAAAUUAAGUUUAGCUAAUAACAAAAUAUUAUUCAUUAAAAAAGAAGCAUUCUCUGGUUUAGACAACCUAGAUGAAUUAAAUUUACUUCAAAAUAAUGUCCUAGAAAUUCAGGAUGAAGCAUUCAAAUAUAUGCCUAAUCUUGAAUAUCUAUAUUUAAAUAGUUCUUCACUUGUAUGUGACUGCUCUAUGUCAUGGCUUAAACAACCAAAUAUAAUUGAAAAUUUACCAUUUGAUUACAUAAAUGCAUUUUGUGGCUUCCCAGAAAAAAAUAAAGGAAAAAAUUUGAAAGAAAUAUCCUUAACAGACUUCUCAUGUCUUGAGAACAGUCCAAAACCCAUGAUAAUAUUCCAUCCUGAAUCAAAAAUGGUUCUUGAAAGGCAAAACAUUACCUUAAAAUGUGGGGUAAAUUCUUCAUCAACUGAAAAAAUUAAUUUUGUCUGGAAAAAAGAUAACCACGAUUUGGAAUCGAUUUCUACAAACCAUUACUCAACUUUUGAGUUUAAUGGUAUGACACAAUUUUCUAUUUUAAACUUGUAUAAUAUAUCAAUGUCACAAAGUGGUAAAUAUCAAUGUGUUGCUUCUAACGAAUUUGGUAUUACUUAUUCUAAUCGUUCGGUUUUAUCAGUUGUUGUUUAUCCAUUUUUUGCUAAAGUCCCCGGAAAUAGUUCGGUAAAGACUGGCCUUACUGCUAAGUUAGAAUGUGCUGCAAAUGGAUAUCCAGCUCCUCAAAUAUCUUGGCAAAAAGAUGGGGGAACUGAUUUUCCAGCAGCACAAGAACGCCGUAUGAAAGUCAUGGCUAGGGAUGAUGUAUUUUUAAUUGUUGAUGUAAAAUUAGUUGACAUGGGCAUAUAUAGCUGUACUGCCAAAAAUGUUGCUGGUAUGAUAGCUGCAAAUGCAACACUUAAUGUUUUAGAACCCCCAUGGUUUAAAAGUGAAAUGUCCAACAAACAAGUUAGGGUUGGCGAAGAAGUCGUUUUAGAGUGUUUAAGUUAUGGAUCUCCAAAACCAAAAAUAAAAUGGAUGAAAGAUGGCAUUUCUCUUACCUUGAGUAAUAGACACUUUUUUACCGCCGAGAAUCAACUUUUAGUUAUAAUGGAAGCAAAUACAGAUGACUCUGGCACGUAUCAAUGUGAAAUAACUAAUUCUUUAGGAGUUAAUAGUCAAAAAGUUGAUGUUCUAGUUAUGCCAUUGUAUCGGAGUUUAAUUCAUGAAUAUACCCUCGGAGUGGUUGUCAUUGUUAUAAUUAUGUGCAUUAUAAUUAUAUCAGCAAUUUGGGUAUUAUUUGUGUAUAGAGCAAAACGCCCUUCAUCAAAUUUAAUCAAUAGUGCCGAUAAUAAAUCAUUGGAUUCUUCAAACAGCAAAGAUAGUGGUACUGGUGAAUCCACUAAAAGAAGUCAAGAACAAUUAUUUAAUGAAAGUUUGAAUGCGUGUCAAAAGAUGAAUAAUAAUGUAGGCAAUUUAUCACCUGAAAUAAAUUUGCCGCUACUAACACAUGCUUCUGUUAUUCUUGGCGAAAAUUCUGUCAAGUAUAAGCAUUCACAUACAGCUUCUCCUGUCCAAUUAUCAACUACAGAAACACAUGAAACUGUUGAAGACCAAAUAAAAUGUGUUAAAACCUCUGAAAAACCAUGUUCUAUACCAGUUCCACUGCCAAACGAGACUCAGGAUUUACCUCCAAUUGUUCAACAGUCAAGUUCCCAUGUUUGCUUGCAUGAUCCAACUGUUGACCCUUGUUAAUUCAUCGUUUAAUCUUUUUAUUUUUUUUAUCUGCCAAUAGUAUUAUGUAAAAUGUAUAUAUAUUUUUUCUACUAUUAUUCCAAGAUUAAUAGUAACCUAUGAUAGUAAGCCUGUGAGACUUGGUCCAUAAAAAAAAAAGAUAACAAAAAAACUUGUGAUAUAGGAAAUAAAGUCUUAAAAACAUUUAUGGACCGGUAUAUAGUAUUUACCCAGGAACAUACAAAUAAAUAUAUAAUGAAUAGUUGUAUUCUCUUUAAGAGAAACUCAAUAUACUUAUAUUUGCAAGAUUUAAAUUCUUAGAAUGGCUAGGACAUCUAUAAAGAGCCAAUGAGGUUGUAUAAAAAUGUUCUAUUAGUAAAAUAUAAACAAGAAAAGAUCACUUGGUAGACCAAGAACCAAAUGGAAAGAUACUGUAGAAAAAAAUAUGAAAUUAAUAAAUGGAAAUGCAACAAUAGAGUGGACUUCAGAUAGAGAAAAAUGGAAAAACUUAUUAGUGAUAGCACAAUUCUUCAAUGGAUCGUUAAGCUGUUGGUUAUGAUUAUUAUUCCAACUUAAUCCUACUUAGAUAUUAUUGAAAUAUCAAAAUGGUUCCUGUAUUUAAUUUUUGUUUUUAAUAGUUUUAAGAUUUUUUUAUUUGAAAUAUUAACAAGAUAAUGUAAUAACUUCUAUUUUCUUUAAACCUUUGACAUGAGUUAUUUAAAAUGAUUUGUAUUUAUUGCGGUUAUCAUUUCCAUAAGCUAACUCGAUUAUAAAAAUUAAUUUACUGUUAGAAUGCUUUCAAUAUUCUACAUGUAUUGUUAUUAAACUUUGUAUGACUAUUAAUAGCAUGUACAUAAAUAUUUAAAUAUCUAUUAAUUGUUAAUUAACAAUUUAAUUACCUACUACUAAAUUGUAACACAAUACAGUCAAUUCUUGAUUAUACCUGAGCUGAUUAUCUGCGGUCUUCCGCAAAACUAUGAGAAAUUAUGUAUCCAUAUAUCUUAUAAAACAAAUUAAAGAAUAUCUCUUAAUACUGAUGACAAUGCCCCGUUCCAUCCAGGGGUUUUUUGAUAUUUGGAAAUGGACAUACUUUUUAUCAAGUUUUGCCUCCAACAUGAGAAUUUGCUCAUUAUUGUCGUGCCACCCUAAUCAAGAGUUUACUGUAUCUAUUUUUAUUUAUAUUGUUACAUCUUAUGUUUUAUAAUUUUUAUAUGUAUUAUAUUAUAAAUAAUGAUCUCACUACAAAUAUUGUUACAAUAAAACUGCUCGUAUUUUGUACUACUUAAUUAAAUAAUAAUAAUAACAAAUAAAAUACAAUGUUUGAUAAUA